AUGCCUCCCAAGUCAUCCCAAUUCACCAACUUAUCAUGCAACAGUCAACUUUGUUUUACCACCGGUGGCCAAUGUUCUUCUGACGAUGCGUGCCCAUACACUGUGUCAUUCAACAAUGGAGUAAACUCAACCAGGACUCUGGCUCAGGAUUACUUAAUCCUCAAUGACAAUACCUCCACCACGAUCCCAUUGGUAUUUGGUUGUGGACAUGAAAAUGUUGGUUCAACCGAUGGACAACAAAGUGGGAUUCUUGGUCUUGCCCCGGGAAAUGUAUCAAUAGUUUCUCAAAUGGGGUCGACAUUCUCUCAUUGUUUUGGCAACAUAAGCAAUCCCAAUUACACCCACAACCGAUUAGUUCUAGGUGGUCAGGCAGAGUUUCUAGGCUCUUCAACCCCUCUUGACACAUUCAAUGACCUUUACGAUGUAACACUAAAGGGUAUUAGUGUGGGAGACACUAGACUUAUUAUUGAUCCGUUUUCAUUUAAAAGGUCACCAUCGGGGUUUGGAGGGGUGAUUUUAGAUUCUGGUACAAUGCUAACUUGGCUAGCAACCGCUGCGUAUUAUCCACUUACCGAUGAAGUGAAGAAACAGCACUUGGACAGAUGGGGCAUGUUUCACCAAACUAAGCCUGAUAAGUUUUGCUUGGCUGUGGCUGAGACCAAAGUGGAACGCCUCUCUGUCAUUGGAUUAAUGGCUCAACAAUAUCAUAAUAUUGGGUAUGACAUUUUUGGCCAAAAGGUCUAUUUCCAAAGGAUUAACUGCAAAAAUCUUUAUUAGGCCUAAAAUUAAUUCCCAGUUGUUUUCAUGCUUUGUGGAAAUAAUUUAAGGCAUUGUAUUUCUUUGAGCUAGCAUGGCUUUAUAGAAGAGUGAGUAUUUGAAUAUUGGGUAAAUGCCAAUCUCUAAAAAUUCCUUAUUUAAUUGGCUUUUGGAUUAAUUAUAACAACCAAUCAAGUGUUAAGAGAUAUCGAAUUGCCUAAU